AUGGAUUAUUCGUCAAAGUUCAAACUUCCCAAAUCAGCACUUGAUCGGCCCAUCAACAGUUGUAGUACUGAUCAUGUUGAUGAUGGUGGUGAAUUAGUCCUAUGCCUUUCAAUCUUUGGAUUCAGCCAACUCUCUGUCACUGAUCAAGAUGAGAGGACGAAGGAAAUCCACAAUAAAGUAGGUGAAGAUGUUACAGUGGAGCAACUCCCAGAGGAAACUGAAGACGGUUUCAAACUCAGAACAUUUUCAGAGCUCUUCAACAAAUUCCCCUUCCCUGACCAGGCGCUUUUCCUUUCCACAGUUACAUAG